AUGCCGCUCUCCAACUCUACGUCGUCUGUGCCGGCCGUCACCGUCCCGGCGGCCGAGGAGCUCCUCUCACAAGGGCUCCGGGCGGAGUCGCUGCCGCGGCACGUGGCGCUGGUGAUGGACGGGAACUCGCGGUGGGCGGCAGCACGGGGCCUGCCGCCGACGGACGGGCACGAGCACGGGAUGCGCGCGCUGAUGAGGACGGUGCGGCUCUCCCGCGCCUGGGGCAUCCGCGUCCUCACCGCCUUCGGUUUCUCGCUCGAGAACUGGAAUCGCCCCAAGGCGGAGGUUGACUUCUUGAUGGCGUUGAUCGAGAGGUUUAUCAACGACAACCUCGCCGAGUUCUUGAGGGAAGGGACCCGUCUACGUAUAAUCGGUGACCGCUCAAGGCUGCCGAUCUCUGUGCAGAAGACUGCACGAGACGCCGAGGAGGCAACAAGAAACAACUCACAGCUCGAUCUAGUCCUAGCCAUCAGCUACAGCGGGCGAAUGGACAUUGUGCAGGCAUGCCGGAAUCUCGCCCAGAAAGUGGACGCCAAGCUGCUCAGGCCGGAGGACAUCGACGAGUCGCUGUUCGCCGACGAGCUCCAGACGAGCGAAACAUCUUGCCCGGACCUGCUCAUCAGGACCAGCGGCGAGCUGAGGCUGAGCAACUUCCUGCUAUGGCAGUCGGCUUACUCGGAGCUCUUCUUCACCGACACGCUCUGGCCUGAUUUCGGGGAGGCCCAAUAUCUCCAAGCCAUGAUGGCCUUCCAGAGCAGAGACAGGCGCUUUGGAAGAAGAAAAAACAAUGCAGCGCUAUAA